GCGCUUGGGAUAAAAGAGCGCGUGCGACAAUCAAGAUCUGGUGAGUCCCAGCCGCGGAGGUCGCUUGCACACGAUGAGAGUUUCUUCUCGAAAAUCGUCUGAGCAUGAGAGAACGCCAGGCUAUGGAAUUCAGAUAGGCUAUCGGACUCUAUCCAUUCGCGUGGAAGAGAAGGACCUCCCUUCAAAGGCUAAACAAUCCACAGAUCCGGCAGAUGCCAUAGCUAGCAUUGACGUCCAUCUCAUCAGCACAGAUGAGGUGUACACUCGUUACUCUUGCCAUCCUACAGUUGGCCUUGAGGAGGCAGCAGUUCAACGAAGGAUCAAGGAUGGCAAGAAUGUCAUCAGCCCACCCCCGACUCAACACUGGAAGAAGAUCCUUAACUACAUCUUCGGAGGCUUCAAUUUCCUCAUGUGGAUCGCGUUUAUCGUCACGAUACUCUCGUAUAAGCCUCUGGGAGGGAGUAGCCCUUCCGUUGUCAACCUCGGUGUCGCAGUUCUGCUGAUGCUCGUCAUCAUCAUCUCAGCCACGUUCUACGCCUUUGUGGACUGGAAUGCCAGCCGAAUCAUGAAAUCCAUAAAGUCUCUUAUUGCGCAUGAAGCUGCUGUAAUCCGUGAUGGCAAGCAACAGCUCAUUCUUGCUACGGACAUCGUCGUCGGAGACAUUGUGGUUCUCAGUACCGGUGAUCGAAUUCCUGCGGACCUAAGGAUCGUGGCGGCUUCGUCUGACUUGCGCUUUGACCGUUCGCUGCUUACUGGAGAAAGUGAUAUGGUCCCGGGAUCUCUCGAUGCUACAUCUGACAAUGCCCUGGAAACGCGCAAUCUUGCACUGACCUCGACCUUUGUGACACAGGGUACCUGUAAUGGUAUCGUGUUCGCCACUGGUGACAGGACCAUCAUGGGACGCCUCGUUAAAAUGUCUGGCGACACAAAAUUCAAGCUUACAACCAUCCAGAAAGAGGUUUGGUUUUUCACCAAAGUCAUCUCCUCAGUCGCCUUCUCGAUGUUUGGUAUAUCCUUACUGCUCUUUGGCGUGUGGUUGAGGACGAGCUAUCCUGGGUAUGAUACCAUCAGCUCAGCAAUCAUGAACUCGAUUGGUUGCCUUACGGCGUUCGUGCCUCAGGGACUACCUCUCUGUGUCGCCCUUUCGUUGACUAUCAUUGCCCGUCGCAUGUCGAAGCGGCAUGUUCUUGUCAAGAAUCUCGCAACGAUUGAAACGCUUGGAUGCAUGUCCGUCUUGUGUUCAGACAAAACUGGUACUUUGACUGCCGGCAAGAUGGUGGUCGAAUCAAUCGCCUUUUUGGAUCACACUUUUUUGGUCAGUGAAAUCGACGAGAAGGUUUCCGAAGCACCAGAACCUAGAUUCUUUGCUGGCUUGAGCGCUUUGCACCAGACCGCACGGCUGUGUAAUGGUGCAAAGUUCGACUCUACAACUGCUAACCGGCCCAUUCACGAGCGAACCGUCAAAGGAGAUCCCACUGAUACGGCCUUACUUCGCUUUUCCGAGGCUCUGUCUAUCCCAGCCUUGAAUAUUGAUACGUCAGCGCUGCUAUCGUCUUGGAGAAAGCUCUUCGAAAUUCCUUUCAAUUCGAAAAAUAAGUGGAUGCUCAGCGUCGUCCAGGAGACUAGAACGACUAAAGGAGAUAUUACUGAGAAGGAUUCAACAGCAUGGAUGCUCGUAAAAGGCGCCCCAGACAUGCUGGUAAAAUCCUGCACCACAGUGAUGAGGUCCGAUGGCGCCGUUGUCCCGUUCGAUGAAGCGUCAAGGCAGUACAUUGACAAUCUCCAAAGCGAUUGGUCGAGUGAAGGGCAGAGAGUACUUGCCCUGUGUCGCAAGCCAUUGGAGGCCUUGAAACCGAAUCUUUCACCAAAUGACAUGGAGGAAUUGAUGUACUCGGAGAUAGGCAAUCUCACUUUGGUCGGACUGGUUGGUAUCCGCGAUCCGCCCCGUCCGGACGUGCCCUCAAGUGUGGCCGUUAUCCGUCGUGCUGGUGUCAGGGUUUUCAUGGUGACCGGAGACUUCAAGCUCACUGCUGUUGCAAUCGCCCGCCAGGUCGGCAUCAUUACGCAGCACUCCGUAGAUACCAUCGAUGACGUCAGGGCCGCAUCGUCCGAAAAGAACUUCACCGAUGUAUCAAUACGCUCUAUUAAACCUUCCGAAGACGACCCCAUUCGUGCAUUGGUACUCACAGGAGAGGAUGUCAGCACUCUUACCACCGUUGACUGGCACGUAAUCGUCGGGCAAUACACUGAAAUUGCGUUUGCCCGCACCACGCCUGAACAAAAGAUGAAGAUCGUCGAGGAAAUCAAGGCUCGCGGUGACAAUACUGUGGCUGUGACUGGUGACGGUGUCAACGAUGCACCCGCUCUCAAAGCCGCUGAUAUUGGUGUCGCGAUGGGGAGCGGCAGCGAUGUGGCGAAAGAAGCUGCUGCACUGAUCUUGUUAAACAAUGACUUUGCGUCUAUCCCAGUGGCCAUCGAGAUGGGUCGCCUGGUAUUCGAUAACCUCAAGAAAGUGACGCUUUACCUCAUGCCUGUUGGAAGUUACACGGAGUUCAUGGCAGUAGUCACGAACGUUGUCUUUGGAAUGCAACUUCCUUUGAGUUCCUAUCUACAAGUUUGUUUCUCCAUCACAAACGACGUGGUCAUGUCAAUCUCCUUGAUGUACGAGAAAGCUGAAGCAGAUCUCAUGCUGCGGAAGCCUCGCAAUGCUCGAACCGACCGCCUUACAGAUUGGAAAUUGUUCUUCCAGAUUUACUGUUUCCUUGGACUCAUGGCCUGGCCGUGCGCGAUGAGCAUGUGGUUUGUAUACAUGGAUCAGCAAGGCCUCGGAUUCCACGAUGUUUUCUUAGCCUACAACAACUGGACCGGUGGCUAUCGCGGCUUCACAUCGGAUCAGCUCGCUCAAUUUGUUAAUACUGGGCAGUGCAUUUACUACGUGACAAUGGUCUUCAUGCAAUACGGAAAUCUCCUCGCCAUCCGAAACCGCAGGGUUUCCUUGCUCCAGUCCAAUCCUCUAUGGGGUCCUCGCAAGAAUAUCGCAGUUCCGAUUGGCAUGGUCGCGACUGCCUUGAUUGCGGUAACCAAUCUGUACGGACCAGGCUUACAGAGGGUCUUCCUGACGACCCCUAUACCUGGGAUGUUCUGGGGUCCUCCGUUCGCCUUUGGCUUGGGGAUUCUCUGCGUGGACGAAGUCCGCAAGCUGAUUGUGAGGACCUAUCCGAAGUCGAUCGUUGCCAAAAUGGCUUGGUAAAACCUUCGGUAUCACUUUGAUCGUUACUACAUGUCUGUCACCGAGUGUAUGAUUGGCAUUUGUGCCAAUGCCGCUGUCUAAAUCAAACGGUUGCCACACCCCCAAUACCCGUCUGUUAGCCGACAGUAUAUAAUAGAAAUGAU